UCUCUGAAAAACCGAAUAAAAGAGAGAUUGUCAGAUCUAAACCAAAUCACGCGAUACAGCAUUGCUGUAUUUCACAAAUUCCCACCCCACAAUAAAAUUUCCAAUUUCGCCAUAACCUUGCUCUAAACCCUAAUUUCCUCCCAUCCGGAUUCAGAUCCAUAAUCGGGUACGUUCAUCACCGCACACAUCCUUUGAUUUUUUAUUUCUUCAUUUUAGCUUAUAAAAGGCUGGUUUGGGAAAUAGUCAAUGCUUUUCUUCUCUAGAGCAAUGGCGUUCCCUUCAAUUUCAAGAAGGAAAUCAUGCACUUUUUUGACAUACUUGAUUGUAAUAUUUCAAGCCUGCAAUGGUUUCUAUCUUCCUGGAAGCUAUAUGCAUACAUAUUCACCAGGAGAGGAAAUCUUUGCCAAAGUGAAUUCUCUGACCUCCAUUGAAACUGAGCUUCCCUUCAGUUACUACAGUCUGCCUUAUUGCAAACCUCCAGGAGGAAUUAAAAAAAGCGCUGAGAAUCUUGGCGAGCUGCUAAUGGGAGAUCAGAUUGACAACUCCCCGUAUCGAUUCCGGAUGAAUGUCAACGAGUCUCUCUACCUGUGCACCACUCCAGAAUUGAGUGAAAAUGAUGUAAAGCUUUUAAAGCAAAGAACUCGGGAUCUGUAUCAAGUGAACAUGAUACUUGAUAACUUACCCGCUAUGAGGUUUACUAACCAAAAUGGGGUUAAAAUUCAGUGGACGGGCUACCCAGUUGGGUAUACUCCUCAGAAUAGUAAUGAUGAUUACAUCAUUAACCAUCUCAAGUUUAAGGUAUAUAUUCAUGAGUAUGAAGGGGCUGGUGUGGAGAUAAUUGGCACAGGUGAAGAAGGUAUGGGUGUCAUUUCAGAAGCUGACAAAAAGAAGGCUUCAGGUUUUGAGAUUGUUGGUUUUGAGGUUAUCCCUUGUAGUGUGAAAUACGACCCUGAGAAGAUGACUAAGCUACACACUUAUGAUCCUGUUGCAUCGGUUGGCUGUCCACAGGAGAUUGGUAACUCUCAGAUUAUAAGGGAACAUGAAAGGGUGUCCUUUACAUAUGAUGUGGAGUUUGUAAAGAGCGAUAUCAGAUGGCCAUCUCGGUGGGACGCCUACCUGAAGAUGGAAGGUGCCCGUGUGCACUGGUUCUCAAUUCUAAACUCACUGAUGGUAAUUUUCUUCUUGGCAGGCAUUGUUUUUGUCAUACUUUUGAGAACAGUGAGAAGGGAUCUGACAAGGUAUGAAGAACUGGACAAAGAGGCUCAGGCCCAGAUGAAUGAGGAACUUUCUGGGUGGAAGCUUGUUGUUGGUGAUGUUUUCAGAGAGCCUUCCCAUUCAAAGUUACUCUGUGUGAUGGUUGGAGAUGGGGUUCAGAUUACUGGGAUGGCGGUUGUCACUAUUGUUUUUGCUGCUCUUGGUUUCAUGUCACCAGCUUCUCGAGGCAUGCUGUUGACUGGGAUGAUAUUGCUUUAUCUUUUCCUUGGAAUUGCUGCUGGGUAUGUUGGUGUGAGAAUGUGGACAACUAUUAAAGGUACAUCUACAGAGUGGAGAUCAGUUUCUUGGUCGAUAGCUUGUUUCUUCCCUGGAAUCGUCUUUGUUAUUUUGACUUUCUUGAAUUUCAUCCUCUGGGGAAGUAGGAGCACUGGGGCUAUUCCACUUUCCUUGUACUUUAUACUCUUGGCACUCUGGUUCUGCAUCUCAGUGCCCCUCACUCUCUUGGGUGGACACUUGGGCACACGAGCUGAGCCUAUUAAGUACCCCGUGCGCACUAACCAGAUCCCCAGAGAGAUUCCUGCACGCAAAUACCCAUCAUGGCUCCUCGUUCUUGGUGCUGGAACUCUGCCCUUUGGAACUCUCUUCAUUGAGCUUUUCUUCAUCCUUUCUAGCAUCUGGCUUGGGAGGUUCUACUAUGUCUUUGGCUUCUUGCUCGUCGUACUCUUGUUGCUGGUGAUAGUCUGUGCAGAAGUAUCUGUUGUCCUGACUUACAUGCAUCUCUGUGUUGAGGAUUGGAUGUGGUGGUGGAAAGCGUUCUAUGCCUCUGGAUCAGUUGCCCUCUAUGUGUUCUUGUACUCCAUCAAUUAUCUUGUCUUUGACCUCCAAAGCCUGAGUGGACCAGUGUCGGCAACACUUUAUCUCGGGUACUCACUGAUAAUGGCAGUCGCGAUCAUGCUCUCUACGGGCACCAUUGGUUUCCUUACUUCAUUCUACUUUGUUCAUUACCUCUUCUCGUCAGUGAAGAUUGAUUGAGGAAUAGCAUGGAAUAUAUUGAGAGACCAGACCACCUUCGCGGGCAUAGAAAAUGUUUCAGCAGCGUAUGGAAGAGCAUUCUGAGGUUUUUCAGCAAGACAUUAUAAAAUCUGUAGCUGGAUUAUAGUAUGUUACUGUAGAGAGAGCCAAAUUGUCGUUUCUGUCAUUCCCCCCUCAUUUCGUUAUAAUCUUUGCGUCAUAGCCUCGCUUUCUUUUUGUAAUGCAUGAAGUAGAAAAGAAUUGUGAUGAAUUCUUGCUAUUCAACUGUACCUAUAUAUGCUGAUAAGGAGAUGUGUGGUGAUUGUUUUUGUC